AUGCCGCUGGAUUCAAGCAAGGAAGUCCUUGUUAAGCCAUCAAACAUAUUUUUUCAUUGUUCUCCUGAGGGUACUUACAAUACAUGCAAGGUGUUGAUCGUAAAUAAAUCAACAAGAGGACUGCGUUUCAAAGUGUUAUCUACAGCACGCUCCAAGUACUCGCUUUCGAUAUGUAAGGGUAUUUUAAAGUCUGGUGAAUUUGUUGAGACAGAUAUCUCUGUUUCCAGGGUUUCAACAACGGAUGAUACAAAGGAUUUUUUCAAGAUCCAGUUCUUUGACUCAUACGACGGCUCUGCUUUUUGCGAGCACUAUAUAUGUUCAACCAUCUCAUCUAACCCUCCUCAUAAUGUCGCUAUUCAAGAUUCAGAUUCUUGCAGCACUUGGCCCAGUCGUUAUCAUGAUGUCGGUCCGUCUGCUCCAAGUUUAAGAACGGCAUCUUUAUCACGAGCUUUUGGAAGCCUGAUUGGGUCAGAAAAGCGCCCUGUUAAUUCUAAUACAUAUUUAUCACUCGAUCGUACAAAAUGUCUGGGUCUUUCUAAUAUGUUUCCUACAGUUAAAACACAAAAAAAUAGAUCGAAUUCAAGUGUGUUAACAAUUUGUCGUGGUGAUAGUGACAGUAAAUCCGAAAACGACAGAACAAGCAUCAAAUUGUUUCCUAAUCUGCUUUAUUAUUCCUUAUUCGUUUUAAGUUUGAUUGUUUGUCUAAUUGGAAUUCUACUGCCAUUCCUUCCAUAUGAUUAUAAAUUAUGGUUAUUAUCAAAAAUACUUCAUGAGCGAUCAAGGACUAAUUAUAUUUCUACUACUUCAAGUUCAUUGACUUUUCCAUAUGAUGCGCAAAAAGUCCAUGAUCAAUCUCAAUCUUAUAAACAAGGUCCUGGAGCCACUCAUUCAUCUACAACUGAGUGUCCCUCAAGGGACAGUCCAUCAAAAGACGAAUUCAGCCGUCACACUCGUCUAGCAUUCUUUGCGUUUAAGAGUGCAUUUCGUAAUAUUUGCAGAGCAAUUAUUGCAUUAGAUCCGUUGGUUGCAGUCGCUAAUAUGUCAUGGUUUUGCUUAGGUUUGUUACUCAUGUAUCACUGGAUAAAAAGAAGGUAA